CAAAUGAUCCUAAGAAAUUAUUAACUAGAGUCGAACCCAAAAUGUUUAUGUCCAAUAAAACAAUCUUUACUAAUUGAGCCCAUGGAUAUUUUCCUCAUCAUUAUUCUAUCAGUAGUACGCAGAAAAACCCAACAAAGCUCCACCGUCCUAUAACCUUCCAUACAAAACCAAACCAUUGAAGAAUAGACAAGUCUUGAUUGAUUAAAAAGGGAAAAACCCCUCAACCGAAAUCAAAAGCAAUGGCCUCAUUCGAGCAAGCACCGCCUGGAGGUGUGAAAGCUGGGGAGAAGAUAUUCAAGACGAAGUGCGCCCAGUGCCACACCGUCGAUAAAGGCGCUGGUCACAAGCAAGGGCCAAAUUUGAAUGGGCUUUUCGGUAGGCAGUCUGGGACUACUCCAGGAUACUCCUAUUCUGCUGCUAACAAAAAUAUGGCGGUGAUUUGGGGAGAGAACACAUUGUACGACUACUUGCUUAAUCCUAAGAAGUAUAUACCUGGGACAAAGAUGGUGUUCCCUGGAUUGAAGAAGCCACAGGAACGUGCUGACCUCAUUGCUUAUCUGAAGGAAUCAACAGCCUGAUGCCUGCUUUAUAUCAGCUUUUUUGGAACAAAAUGAAGAGUUUUAAUCAAUGAUGUAUUUUUCUCACAGGAUAAAAGCUAGGCAAAUUCUUAAAAUAAAAACCAUUAACAGUUUGGGUUUUGGAGUCGAAGCAAAGUAGUGAAAAGAUUUUGUGGAAGACCAACCUCGCGAAGGUUAGGCUUUUCAAAUUUUCACCAGCCUUUGAUGAUUUAUUUAGGCUCUGACAGUUGCAGUGUUAGUCGGCUGUUAAUAACUUGUUAUGGUAUAUAAUAACUUGUUAUGGUAUCUUAAAUUCUAAGGUCUGAUU